CCGGCCUGCCUCAGCCCCUGCGGAAAGCUCCCGGUGCUGCACAUCUUCGGGCAGCAGCCCCUGGACAUCGGGCGUUGCACGGAGGCUUUCCGGGAGCUCUACCCCGACAGGCAGAGCCAUGUCGUGGUGCUGAGCGAUGUGGUCUAUGCCCAUGCGAUGGGCGAGCUGGAGCAGCAGUUGUGCCCUGAGUACCCCAAUAUCGUUUUCUCCAGAGUGGUGUGCGGGGACCCUCCUGGCCUUGCACCGCCUGGGGAGGUGCGGCAGUUUGGUCGCCAGUUCCCCGUGGAGGCACCUGGAGGGCUGCAGGACUGUGCUAUGUUCUAUGUGGGAGCUGAGGGCCUGGCCCUCACCAACUUCAUGCUGACCUGGAACUGCUGUCCCUUCAGCUCCUUCAAUCCUGCCACCGGCUGUGGCCGCCGUGAGACCCUCAAUGUCAACCGGGCCCUGAUGCGACGCCUCUACCUGGUCGAGCGGGCUCGGGACGCCAGUGUGGUGGGCAUCCUGGUGGGCACCCUUGGUGUGGCGGGCAACCCCCUCCGCGAGCUUCUGCGUCGGGCUGGCAAGCGCAGCUACACACUGGCUGUGGGGAAGCCAAACCCUGCUAAGCUGGCCAACUUCCUGGAGGUGGACAUCUUUGUCCUGGUGGCCUGUGCUCAGAACUCCCUGCUGGACUCCAGUGACUUCUACCGGCCCGUUGUGACGCCCUAUGAGCUAGAGCUGGCCUGUAACCCUGCCCGUGAAUGGACAGGGAACUACCUCACUGACUUCCGAGACCUGCUGCCAGGUGCCUGUGCGCACGUUGAGCUCCCACCAGCCAUCCCUGCGGCAGAGGCCGUUCCUGACAUCUCACUGAUCACGGGGGAGAUGCGUGCCACCCACCUCUGUGACCCCCCGGCCCCACAGCUGCCCUCCACCACUGCCCUGGCCUGCAGGAACCAGACACGGGCCCUUGCAGAGAUCAGCCCUGCUGCCUCCUUCCUGGAGUCCCGCAGCUGGCGAGGCCUGGAGCAGCAGCUGGGGCAGACACCCAUCUCCAAGGCUGUGCAGGGCCGACGAGGGAUCGCCAUUGCCUACGAGGACGAGGGGUGUGAGCAACCCUGA